AAAUCUCUAAAGCUGAUCAGCCUGCUUCUUCAGCUUCUUCGUUUUCACACGUGCUUGUCUAUCCAAAUACGUUAAAUAUAUCUAAACUGUCAACAAUGGGACGGAAGCCACAAAGUGGUGACGUACUCGAAUACAGAAUACCAUCUUCCUAUCUUACAUUCAACCAAGCCUCGACUAAGCAAAUCUGGGGCGUCGGUAUAUACACUUACGACUCUGACAUUGUUAAAGCCAUUGCUCACUCGGGAAUCUACAGACUCAAACAAACCCCACCUGACAACGAUCUGUCAGUGAAAAUAAGGUAUUCUCCCGGGCUUAAUUUGUAUUGUGGAGCAAUCAGCAACUCGUUCAAAAGUGAUGAACACAAGCAGUGCAGUUUGAGCUACGUCAUUGAAAGUGUCUCGACCAUUCCUAAAGGGAGUGCUAAUGCG